CUAGGAUUUUCAUGGUCAACCUCAUCAAGACUUAUAAUCUACUGUUCUGUCAUCCAAUUACCAUUUACCCUAAAUAGUUUCCACUGCAAAAGGCCUAUAUAUACUCUCAAAGCCACCACGCGUCUCUCACACAAGCACCCUUGAGUAGUUACUAUUUAUCAGACACCCUCUUCUUGAUUUCUCUUUUCUUCUGUGAACACACAUACACAUACACAUAAAAAUACAUUCUUUGGUACUAUGGGUACUCUUGGUAACACGGAAGUUUACAAUCACAACCAUGAAGAUAAUGAUCCUGAAGAGUAUCUUCAUGGGGUGAAUUUCUCGAUCCAGAGAGGAUUCAAGGAGAAACUGAAGGCGAGUUUGAAGGAAGCUUUGUUUCCUGAUGAUCCCUUCAGGCAGUUCAAGAACGAGGAGAAAAAGACGAGGAGGGUGCUCAAGGGGGUGCAAUACUUCAUCCCUAUCUUUGAGUGGCUACCCACGUAUAAUUGGCGUCUCUUUUGCUCUGACUUGAUCGCAGGUUUAACCAUAUCAAGCCUUGCCAUCCCUCAAGGCAUUAGCUAUGCCAAACUUGCAGACCUUCCUCCUCUCAUUGGCCUUUAUUCGAGCUUUGUCCCACCUCUGGUGUAUGCUAUUUUUGGGAGUUCAAGGCACAUGGCUGUGGGGACGAUAGCAGCAGCAUCAUUGCUUAUUGGUCAAACCAUACAAAAGGUGGCAGACCCAAACGAGGACCCAACCUUGUAUCUUCAUUUGAUAUUCACAACCACCUUUGUCACUGGUGUUUUCCAAGCUGCUUUGGGAUUUUUCAGGCUGGGGAUAUUGGUGGACUUUUUCUCUCAUUCUACCAUCAAUGGCUUCAUGGGAGGGACAGCAGUGAUUCUCAUCCUCCAACAGCUAAAGGGCGUGUUUGGAAUGAUACAUUUUUCACAGAAAACCAACUUGGUGGCGGUGAUAAAGAGCAUCGUUAACAAUAGACACGAGAUUAGGUGGGAACCUACAGUUCUUGGAGUGGUCUUGCUUGCUUUCUUGCAAUUUACCAGGCACUUGAGGAACAAGAAUCCAAAACUGUUUUGGGUACAGGCUAUAGGUCCAAUGGUGACUGUAGUAGUUGCUGGUGUUUUCACCUACCUCGUCAAGGGCCAAAAACAUGGAAUUCAAAUUGUGGGGCAUCUAGACAAAGGAUUAAAUCCAUUGUCCAUCCACUACAUGAACUUUAAUGGUAAAUACUUAUCAGCAGUUCUGCAAGCUGGAAUUAUCACAGGGGUGUUAUCAUUAGCAGAAGGAAUAGCAAUAGGAAGAAGCUUUGCUGUUGCUGAUAACACACCUCAUGAUGGGAACAAAGAAAUGAUCGCUUUUGGCCUCAUGAACUUGUUCGGAUCUUUUACUUCAUGCUAUUUGACUAGUGGACCAUUUUCGAAGACUGCAGUGAAUUACAAUGCAGGGUGUAAGACUGCAAUGGCAAAUGUGGUACAGGCAGUGAUAAUGGCACUGACACUGCAAUUUUUGGCACCAUUAUUUGGCUACACCCCUAUGGUUGCUCUCUCAGUCAUUAUCAUAUCUGCCAUGCUUGGACUCAUUCAUUACGAAGAAGUCGUUCAUCUCUUCAAAGUUGACAAAUUUGAUUUUGUCAUUUGCAUGGCUGCUUUCCUCGGAGUUAUCCUCAUAAGCAUGGAUGUUGGUCUCAUGAUUUCUGUUGGACUAGGGGUUUUGAGAGCACUGUUAUAUGUGGCUAGACCAGCGCCAUGCAAGCUUGGAAAGUUAGCUGAAGUUGGUUUAUACAGAGACACAGAACAAUAUAAAGUUUCAACAUUCGCUGGGGUUCUUAUUAUUCAACUUGGCUCUCCCGUUUACUUUGCAAAUUCUAAUUACGUCAAAGAAAGGAUUAUGAGGUAUAUUCGAAGUGAACAAGCUUCUACCGGAGAGAAUGUUGAACACAUCGUACUUGAUUUGUCAGGAGUAACAUCCAUUGACACAACUGCUAUCAAAGCAUUGGAUGAGCUAGUUAAAGUGUUGACAAAGAAUGCAAUUAAGAUUUUGUUCGUAAAUCCGAGGGUGGAGGUGUUGGAGAAGCUUAUGUUAUCAAAGUUUGUUGACAAAAUUGGGAAAGAAGCGUUCUAUCUAACAUUGGAUGAGGCAGUGAUGGCAAGUCAAUAUUCACUUCGUUCAUCAAAGGAAAAUCAUGGCGAAGGUGGCAUGGUUUAAGAAAUUAUUUUCAUGUACUAGUUUAUCGAUGCCCCCAAAUCAAUGUUAGCUGGUAUUGUUUAGUAUAAUAAGUAUAAUAAUAAUAAUUAUUAUUAUUAUACAACUAUUAAUGGAUUGAGGGGUGAUAUCCCAACACACUUUUACGU